CGAGAUGGUAGCAUCAACCUGUCAAUUUAGCGAUCAUGAGACAUGGACUGUCAGCGCUGGCCUCGCUCUCUCGCGUCACGACGCUCCCUUCCGCCCGUUGCGCACCCCUGCUUGCACGUAGUCGUCCCAUUGCAUCGAUACGACACGGCACUUCCUCACAGCUUCGCAGCCUAACAACCAGACCGCGACGCUCAGACAUAGCAAAGGAGAAAUACGACUACUCCAACAGCAAUGCCAGGCCUGCCGCAGAGCUCAAUGAGAACAUUACAGAGGAAGAGAAGGAGCACUUUGCAAAGAAGCUUAGGGAAGACAAGGGCAAGCAGAUACGCACGCCAUGGCACAGGGAAGGAAGCGAUACGCCACCUGUUGCGCGACAGAGGAGUGCUGGGGCCAUGACCAAGGGAAAACUGCUGACUACGCCGUCGCGAAUGCUCAAGAUCAUUCUCCCACUCACGACCACGGACCAAAAUACCGACCGCAAGGAUAUGGAGCCAUUGGCGCUCCUGGUACACCCGCAGCAGCCUAUUUCCUAUCUCGAGCGACUUAUCCAAGCCGAGCUUCCCACCAUCAAGGACAAGCAAGGUCGUGAGCGACAGCCCAAUAUAUACUUUCGCGCCGAAGACUCGGUACAAAAUGAUGCGACGCCAGAGGAGACGCAGAAAACCCCAGUGAGCAGCGAAACGGAGAGCUUGAGGCAGCAGGAUGGGGAAGAGGACUUUGAGCAGGUUGAUGAGAUUCGCAUCGACGGCAAGGUUCACAAGACGGGCAAGCUGAGCAGCCGGGACAGGAAAACGCCCGAAGAAGCAGAAGAGCUUCGAGGAGGACCUGGAAAAGGAGGAGUAGAGUCAUACUCUGGCCAAGGCCACGAAGCUCCGGCAGACAAGCAGGGACAGCGCAGGUUUGUGCGAUGGUCGUCGUCGACGGAGAUUGGCGACUUUAUCCGCGAUGCCGCGCGAGGACAAGAGUUUGCGAUUGACAUUGAAGGCGCACCAGAAGAGAUACGGGUUGGUGUGCCCAGUUUCAACGAUCGAACUUACUAUCUGCGGAUGCGGUUGCGCAAGACAUCAAAGAAGAUCAGCGCCAUGGCGGACAUCAAGAAGGAGUGUGAUGAGUUGGCGCAAGCGGCAGCCAAGAGGGUGGCCAUGGCUGGCUUUGGGGGUAUUGUGGGAUGGUGGUGCGUUGUCUACUACCUGACGUUCCAGACUGAGCUGGGAUGGGAUGUCAUGGAGCCAGUAACGUAUCUCGUUGGCCUUUCCACGCUGAUUGGAGGUUACGUGUGGUUCCUGUAUCACAACCGCGAAGUCAGCUACCGGUCAGCGAUGAACUUUACCGUGUCCCGUCGACAGCAGAAGCUCUACCAGCAGCACAACUUUGACGUGCGCAAAUGGGAGGCGCUGAUUGACGACGGCAACGCUCUCCGCAAGGAAAUCAAGGCUGUUGCCAAUGAGUACGACGUUGAGUGGGACGAGCUGCAAGAGGAAAAAGACGAGAAGGUGCAAAAGGCACUGCGAAAGGAGCGGCGCAGAAAGGAAGAGAAGAAGGGGAGCAAGGAUGACGAGGAUGAGGCGGAAGCGGAGCCCAAGGGCAAAGACGACAAGUAGGCGGGGCAUGAUGGUGUUGCGGAUUGGGCAUUUGAGCGCGGCGUUACAGGGCACUGAGGAUGGAUUGCAUAUGGUAUAGACACAACCAGCACGUGGUGUGGGAGGAUUGGAGCAAGCAUGCAUGUUGAGGGAGUGGGAGUUGCAGUAAGACGGGCGCACGAUUA